AUGAUACAAGUUCCUAUACUCGUGGCGGGCAUCUUGCUCGCCAUCUGCCUGAUCUACGCCAAGGUAACAAAAUUCUUUGAAAGACCUCAAGUACAGUAUGCUGAGAAUUUUUCGAUCAAGAGUUGGGUGAGCCGUCGAAAACAAACAUUGUCAACUCAAGAUCUGCCAUGUCCAGACGAAAAGCCAGCAGUCAUCGCGCCCCUGGAAAACUUUGACUGGAGGACAAAGAAGCCGCCCCAGUUCAGAGGCUUCAAGCCUAAAUACAAUAUCUCGAUGGGCAUCAGACGUGAUACUCCCUCUGAGCUACUCUCCAUUGACCACGACUACCUGGAUCGCGUAAACCAGCGCCGAGAGAUUCUCAGGCAGCAUGAAGAUACAGUCUGUGGAUUCUUGCCAGGGGGAGGACAGGCUGUGCUGGAGAUUUACGACUACUUUCUUACAGAGUAUCUUCCUGUUCGAUAUCCCACCAUGUUCCAGCUCUCCCAGGGUGGAACCGUCUUCAACAAUCUCGUCACCAACCGGUCCUUCCCCACGAAGGUCCAGGACGUCCGAUCUGCGCUUCUCAAUCUCGGUGAAAUUGUGGAAGAGGAGCUCUUCUUGCUCAUGCCAGACUCUGACAGUUACCGACUCGUUGCUUACGUCUGUUGCUUCCCGUCAAGUUUUGAUCCAGCAGAGAAGCUCGGGCUACUCCUGAAGGACAUUCACAAGCCUGUUCCGGGAUAUGAAAAGAUUGGGCCGAGUAUGGAACGAUUCUUUGCAAAGUUGCAAGUUGGCAGCCCGAUCAAACGACAGAACUGGUCGGUGCAAGCUCACCCCGAGUUGUUUGACUGCGAAGCAAACCACCGAAUAAAGAGCUACGACGGUCCGGGUGAACCAAACAUAGAAGAUACUUUUCUACGAUCAGAGCUGCAAACCCUAACUCGCUUCCCAAACACCCAAGCCAUCCUCUUCAGCUUCAAGACCUACUUGUACAAGGUCACCGACGUCAAGGCGCAGGGUCAGGGUCCCGAGUUUGCAGAGGCCAUCGAGGGCAUCCGGCAGGGCAAUGUUCCGGAAAUGUGGGAUUACAAGGGUGCACCGAGGUGGGGGGAGACCGUGUGCAGGUAUUUGCGAUCAUAA